CCAAUCCAAAUCCAAAAUCAAAAUAUAUAUAUUUCUUUCCCCUUUUUAUCAUUUGCCGGCGGAUUUCAAAACGAGAAAACCCAAACACCCACCAAAUAUUUCCUUCCUUUAAUAUAAUUUUAACAAAAUAAAAUCCCAAGAAAUUAAAAACCCAUAUCAAUAAUUAAAUUCACGUUAUAUUUGUACAAAAAAGUUUCACACUUGAUUCAUUUUACAAAAUCUUUUUCCUAAUUAUAAAUAUUUCCCCGGUCGGCGGUAGCGGUGGCGGUGGUGGGUGGUUGUUCUGUUGGCAAACUGUAUUUCCGGCAAUGGGUCGGGCUUUACUUGGCUCGUAUGAUGAUGUCACGCUGACGUAUGUGUUUGAAAAUGUUUAUGGGUGGUGGGAUGAUAUUAAUAAUUCUCAAGUUUCCCAAGAUUUGAUUUUUCAUGUUCUUGCUGCUUUAUACGGCAUCGUUUCAUUUGUUGCUCUUGUACAAUUAAUUAGGAUACAAGUAAGAGUUCCGGAGUAUGGUUGGACCACCCAGAAAGUUUUCCAUUUUCUUAAUUUCUUGGUUAACGGAGUUAGAUGCUUAAUCUUUGUAUUUCAUCACGAUGUUCAACAGUUAAAGCCAGAGAUUGUUCAACAUAUAUUACUUGAUGCACCAAGUCUUGCGUUUUUCACUACCUAUGCUCUCUUAGUCUUGUUCUGGGCUGAAAUUUACUAUCAGGCACGAGCGGUCUCAACUGAUGCUCUCCGGCCAACGUUCUUUGUAAUCAAUGGAAUCAUUUAUGCAAUACAGAUAGUUUUAUGGUUAGUAAUUUGGUGGAAGCCAAUCCCGGCACUAGUGGUUCUCUCGAAGAUGUUCUUUGCAGGUGUGUCCCUGUUUGCAGCACUGGGUUUUCUUGUCUAUGGAGGAAGGCUCUUUUUAAUGCUGCAACGGUUCCCAGUGGAAUCAAAAGGUCGGCGAAAGAAGUUACAUGAGGUUGGCUACGUUACAACAAUCUGCUUUGUGUGUUUCCUUAUAAGAUGUAUCAUGAUGUGCUUCAAUGCGUUCGAUGAGGCUGCUAACCUGGAUUUGAUGGACCACCCUAUUCUGAACUUCAUAUACUACUUGUUGGUGGAGAUACUUCCUUCCUCCCUGGUUCUCAUUAUUUUAAGAAAGCUGCCGCCUAAGCGAGUCAAUCCACCAUAUCACCCUAUUCACUGAAAACAAGAUCAAAUGAUAGAUGGUAAGAAAUUGAUUGAUUGAGAAUGGAACGUAUGAUUCUUCCUGAUGAUUAAUGUGAUCAUGAAGGGAAUUUACAGAAAGGAAGUAGAAGCCCAGCAAAUUUUGGAAGACGUUGGGAAUCGUGGUUUGUGAAAUAUGUUUGUUAUAUUGAAAUGUACUUUUUGUAGUGUGUGAUCGUCUCCCAAUGAAGUCGUUUAUACAAGUAUACCAUGCCAGUUGCAAACAGACGUGUUCCACAUUUGAUGCUUAUGGGUUGACAAAUUCUUUAUCAUUCAAAA